UGUAGCCGAUGCGAUGACGGUCGCUGCAGGCGUGGGCACUGAUUGGUGCUACAAUCUAGAUCUGAUCGAGUCUGAGGAUGAGUCGAACAACAGCGACAACAGCACGGUGCUCUCGUAUCUCAAGUAGUUGUUCUCGCUCCGUCAGUAGUGAAGCAGAAGGUGGCUGUGGUGGAGGGAGGGGUCUUCGCCCGUCUCCGUCUCCGUCUCCACCAACAUGGCCAUCCCUGCCAACAUGAUCAUCACCAUCAUUUUCUUCUUCUUCAACAUCAAUAAAAUCAUCAUCAUGGUUGUGGUGGUCAUGGUGGUCAUGGUCCUGGUGGUCAUGGUGAUCAUGGUGGUCAUGGUGGUCAUGGUGGUCAUCAUCAUCAUCAUCAUCAUCAUCAUCAUCAUCAUCAUGGUCAUCAUCAUCAUUGUCAUCAUCAUCAUCAUCAUCAUCAUCAUCAUCAUCAUCAUCAUCAUCAUCAUCAUCAUCAUCAUCAUCAUCAUCAUCAUCAUCAUCAUCAUCAUCAUCAUGAACCUGGGCGCGACGUGCUACAUGAACUCGCUGUUGCAGACCUUGUUCAUGAACGAAGGCUUUACCAGCGGCUUGCUGGCCGCCCAAGUCAAGAAUCCGGUUCUCGCCGAGCUCCAGCUUGUCCUUGCUCAUCUGGUGGUGGACAAGCGGGUAUCGCUGCGGCCAGAGGGCCUUGUCUCUGCCCUUGAUCUCGCUCCGCGCGUCCAGCAGGACGCCCAUGAGUUCUUCAAGCUCCUCAUACACUUUCUGGACAACACUCUCAAGAGCGGCGACGGACCGGAGAGUGUGCGCAAUCUUGUGGAGGAGACCUUUGCCGGCCUCCUUGCCUACCACACCGUCUGCGAGGGCUGCGGCACGGAUCGCGAGCGGACCGAGCCGUUCUACGAGAUUGAGCUCAAUCUGCUGGGCGAGGAGCGGAGCUUGGGCGGGCUCAUCGAGCAGUACCUGGCGCCAGAAACGCUCGACGGUGACAACAAGUACCUCUGCUCGCAGUGCGAGAGCAAGCAAGUCGCCUCGCGCUUCCUCACCCUCAAUGAGCUCCCGCGGGUCCUCAACGUCCAGCUGCUGCGCUUUGUGUACGACGUGGCGACGGGCCGCAAGAAGAAAGUCCACUACGUCAUCAACUUUCCGCACGAGCUCGAUAUGAGCGCGUACGUGGCGAGCGGCGUCGGCGGGGUGUACCGGCUGCGGGCGGUCGUCGUCCACAUCGGGUCAACUGCCAACGGCGGGCACUACGUGACCCACGCGCGCGGACGCAGCGGCGACGCGCGAUGGUGGAAGUUCAACGACUCGCGGGUGAGCGUGCUCGAGGAGCACGCGGUCGGAUACGAGGCGCCGUCAUCGCUCUCGGCCAAGGGCAAGGCACUGCUCCGGUCCGCCCCGGCCGGCACCUCGUCGUCGCACAACGCAUACAUGCUGGUCUAUGAGCGCGUCGACGGACCGACGGCGAGUGAGACCGUGCCCGGGAUUGUGGUGCCGGAUGAGCUCUUUGCGCAAACGCUAGGCCACGGGGCGGUGGUCGACACUACCGGCCUGCUUGCCACCGAGUCGGGCGCGAGCCGCGCGGCUGCGGUUGCGAAGCACAAUGAGCUUCUCUGCAACGUGUUUGAGAUCGGGGCGCCCGCUGUAAGCGACGACGCGCCGGGCGCAGCGGCGCGGUAUGUGUCGCGGGCAUGGCUCGGCGAGCUCGCGUCUGCCUUUGACGGCAGCGAGGUGCCGCCGAUGGACAAUUCGGGACUCGAGUGCGAACACGGCCUGGUCUCGCCGGAGCGGGCGUCGGCGAUGAAGCGGCUGAGUGUCGAGGCGUUUGAUGCGCUGCUUGCGGCGUACGGCGGCGGGCCUGUGUUUACCCAGGACGACCUCUGCGUGCGGUGCGUCGAGGCUGCCUGCCGGCAGCAGAGCGAGGAGGUGGCAAUGCUCGAGGCAAAGCGGGCCAUUGCCUCGCGGCUGGACCCCGGCGGGGCCGACACGGACGCGGUGCUGGUGUCGCGGGCGUGGGUGACGGCGUGGCGGGCGGCCAAGAGCUACGAGGCGCUGAUGAGCCUCGAGCCGCAGAUCAACAUCGACAUCCUGUGCGAGCAUGGCCAGCUGCAGAUGCAGACGUCCAAGACGCGGCGACUCUCGCGGAUGGCGUGGGACUACUUUGUGGGUCUUGUGGGUGACCGCAGCGCCCAGCCGCCGACGAUGAUAUCUGCCGAUGCCGAGCCGUGCGCCGAGUGCCGCGGCGAGGCAGCGAGCGUGAAGGAGGCAUUGGCGGCUGAGCGUGGGGUGCGAGCGAACGAGCGGAGUGCGUUUGCCGCCGUCUUUACCCUCCUUGCCGGCGGCAAGCGGGCCAAGAGCCGGCGCAACAUCGAGUGGCAGGUGGGCGAGAGCGCGGCAGCGAGCGGCGGCAAGCUCGUUCCGACUCCGCUCUCGUGGCUCCAUGCGUGGAAGGCGUACCUGCUUGAUGCAAGUGCGCCGGGCCCAGGCCCGCUCUCGCUUGAUGAGCUGCGAUGCGAGGAGCACGGCGGCCUGACGUACGCGCCGUGGCAUGCGGCGGAGAAUGAUGGCCUGGUGUACCGUCUGGUCAAGGCCAAGCUUGUGGAGGGGCUCGCAGCCAUCCACGGAAGCGUCGGUGAGAUUGUGGCGCUGGCGCAGGGAGCCACCGCGAGCGAGGCCGUGUGCGCGGCGUGCUCUGAGGCGCGUGUGGCGGCUAUCGAGGCGGCGCAGUUUGUGUACGACAAGGCAAACGUGCGGAUCAAGUUUGAGCGGGAGGUGACGAGCGGGCGCAAGGGCGGCGGGCGGCGCGGGCGGCGUGGGCCGCAGGUCCGAACGGUGGCGUCAUCGGUGGAGCUCUCGGUCGGAUCGAACAUGACUCUGGCCACCUUUCGCCUGAUGGUCUUUCAGCGGACAGACAUUGCGCCUGCGCUCCAACGGCUGGUGGUAGAGAGCGGGACGGAGGCCGGUCGUGUGAUCGGAGGCGGCGACGAAGAGGUCGUAACGCUCGAGAAUGCCCGGAUCGUGCCCAAGACCGUCCUCCGCCUCGCACGGCGUCCAGCAAGCGAGCUCUCCGAGGACGAGCUGGCGAGCGUGCGCCAGUUGAAGGCGGCCAAGGCGAGCAAGAAGGACGUAUCGGAUGGGAAGAGCAGCGGGUAUGUGGAGACUGGCUUUGCCGCCACCAAGCUGUCCGGCCUCGCCCCAGGAGGUGUGCUCCAGGGCGUGGCGGCAUCUGGCUCGCAGCCCUUUCCCUGGCCACACCUCCGAUCACUCCUCGCUGCUGUGGUUGUGGAACGCGGCGCUGCCUUUUAUGCCGCUGUGGCCGAUACCGAUGACUCCCGCAGGGGCCACUCGUACAGCGACAAGAUCGCCACCAUUGUGGCCCUGCUGUACGAGUUUGAUGAUACUCCCUUUACCAUCCAGCGCCUGGCCGAGCUCCUCCUCUCGCCGCGGGCGCUUUACACUUCGACGCGCAAGUGGCUCAACGCCGUGACCAAGGCCGUCACUGUCUCGUCCGUCGCUCCCGGCGGCGCCUUUCCUGCCGAUCCACCCAAGAUGCUCGACGGUGAGCCGUCGCCGUUACCGCCUGAUGUGGCUGCUGCACGGGCGAGCGUGCUGGCCGGCGAGAGUGGCGGCGAGUUUGUGGUUGAGGCCCACAUCCCGCAUGCGUCCUCAGCGCCAUCGCCACAGGGCGGGGCAUCAACGCCUGUGGAAGCCCAUCACGAGAACGAAGCGGCUGUGGCGGCGCCCGAGGGCGUGUCUGGCUGA